AUGAGAGAAAUUGUGCAUUUACAGACAGGCCAGUGUGGUAACCAAAUAGGAUCCAAGUUCUGGGAAGUUAUAAGCGAAGAGCACGGAAUAAACGGAGAGGGAGCGUAUGUUGGCCAGAACUCAUACCAGCUGGACAGGGCAUCUGUGUACUACAACGAGUCGUCAAGUGGCAAGUAUGUGCCCAGGGCGGUUCUUGUGGACUUAGAGCCCGGGACUAUGGAAGUGAUCAAGGAAAGCGCGUACGGAAAAUUGUACAGGCCAGACAACUUUAUACACGGGCAGUCUGGCGCUGGAAACAACUGGGCAAAGGGCCACUACACGGAGGGGGCAGAGCUUGUUGACUCUGUGAUGGACGUUAUUCGAAAAGAGGCGGAAAAUUGUGACUGCUUGCAGGGAUUCCAAGUAACCCACUCGCUUGGAGGUGGAACGGGAGCAGGAAUGGGAACGCUUUUGAUCAGCAAGAUCCGAGAGGAGUUCCCUGAGAGAAUGAUGUGCACGUUCAGCGUAGUGCCUUCGCCAAAGGUAAGCGACACUGUCGUGGAGCCGUACAACGCCACGCUCAGCAUACAUCAGCUCGUGGAAAACAGUGACGAGACGUUCUGUAUAGAUAACGAGGCGCUUUAUGAUAUAUGCUUCAACACGCUGAAAAUGCCAAACCCAGGAUACAGCGACCUGAACAGGCUGGUUUCGGUCGUGAUGAGCGGAAUCACAACAACCCUCAGAUUCCCGGGACAGCUGAACGCCGACCUUAGGAAGCUGGCAGUGAACAUGAUUCCCUUCCCCAGGCUGCACUUCUUCAUGGUUGGAUUUGCCCCGCUUACAGCCCAGGGCUCCACAGCCUACAGAGCCAGCUCGGUUUCUGACCUCACCCAGCAGAUGUUCAGCCCAAAGAACAUGAUGGCAGCUUGCGACCCCACGAAGGGAAGAUACCUCACAGUUGCUGCCAUGUUCCGAGGAAAGAUAUCAAUGAAGGACGUGGACGAGCAGAUGCUUGGCAUCCAGAGAAAGAACUUUGCAAACUUUGUUGAGUGGAUCCCCCACAACGUAAAGACGUCUGUGUGUGACAUAUCGCCUGCGGGCUUGGAGAUGUCUUCCACCUUUAUAGGGAACAGCACAGCAAUCCAGGAGCUGUUUAAGAGAAUAAGCGACCAGUUCAGCCUUAUGUUCAGAAAGAAGGCUUUCCUGCACUGGUACACAGGAGAGGGAAUGGACGAGAUGGAGUUCACAGAAGCAGAGUCGAACAUGAACGAUUUAUACAGUGAGUACCAGCAGUACCAGGAUGCAACUGCAGAAGAGGAAGAGUAUGCCUGUGCAUAA